AAGCUAGGGUUUUGCAAAAGCUACAAAUAAUUUUGGGUAGUGGCUUUGAGUAACAUCGUAACUUUACGACGCGCGAGUAAUACAGGUUGUUGCAUGUUAUUAAUAAUAUACCGGGGUUUUUGAAAUAAUAUAUAUUUCAUCACUGCCUAUUUAUUGUAAAGAUUAGUGUCAGUGAUAAUCGUGUUAGUGCUAGUUGUUUGCUUGUGCCGGUUUGUUGUUGUAUCUUCAUUAAGAAAAAGUUAAACUGACAAUGGGAAACGUUCAUACUUGUGGUCCAAACGAAGCUCUCGUUGUAUCAGGAGGAUGUUGCGGGUCCAUGAAGAAAAGGACCAUUGUAGGUGGUUACGCGUUCACGUGGUGGUUCGUGACCGACGUCCAGCGAUUGUCUCUCGAGGUGAUGACACUGAAUCCUGUCUGUGAAAGCGUGGAAACCGCACAGGGAGUACCAUUGACCGUCACAGGAGUAGCACAGUGCAAGAUCAUGAAGGCUGAUGAACUCCUCCACACUGCCAGCGAACAAUUUUUAGGAAAAAGCGUUUACGAAAUCAAAUCGACAAUCCUUUCCACUCUCGAGGGUCAUCUUCGUGCGAUAUUAGGCACGUUAUCGGUAGAGGAGGUGUACAAAGAUCGGGAUCAAUUCGCCACACUGGUGAGAGAGGUAGCGGCGCCAGAUGUUGGUCGCAUGGGGAUCGAAAUUUUAUCGUUCACGAUAAAAGACGUAUACGACGACGUUCAAUACUUGGCGUCACUUGGCAAGGCACAAACUGCAGCUGUCAAACGGGACGCCGAUGUCGGCGUCGCCGAGGCAAAUCGCGAUGCUGGCAUUCGAGAGGCAGAAUGUGAGAAAGCAGCGAUGGAUAUAAAAUAUAAUACCGACACAAAGAUCGAAGACAAUGCCAGACUUUUUCAACUGCAGAAAGCGAAUUUCGAUCAGGAAGUGAACACGGCGAAAGCAGAGGCACAGCUGGCUUACGAACUUCAAGCGGCAAAGAUAAGGCAACGAAUACGAAACGAGGAGAUUCAAAUAGAGGUGGUGGAAAGGCGUAAACAGAUCGAAGUUGAGGAACAAGAGGUACGUCGAAAGGAACACGAACUUCAAAGCACUGUGAGAUUACCCGCGGAGGCUGAACAUUAUAAAAUUGGCAAAGUAGCCGAAGGAAAAAGAACACAGACCGUAAACGCGGCUAUAGCUGAAGCUGAGAGGAUUCGAUUGAUUGGAACAGCCGAGGCUCAAGCAUUAGAAGCGAUUGGAGUAUCAGAGGCUCAACGUAUGCAGAUGAAAGCCGCUGUCUACAAGAAGUACGGCGGAGCUGCUAUUCUGAAUAUUGCACUCAAUGCUUUGCCAAAGAUUGCAGCAGAAGUGGCCGCACCACUAGCGAGAACAGAGGAAAUCGUUCUUCUUGGCGGAAAUGACGCGACUAGCGGAGAAAUUACACGCCUUGUGGGGCAAGUACCUCCAGCUGUUCAAGCACUGACCGGUGUAGAUAUUUCAAAAGUGUUAGGCAAGAUACCAGGAGCAAAGUAAUGGCGGAAAAAGCAGCAACGGCGACCAGACGAUCAGAUACUCGGAAUCAGCUGAAGAAAAGAAUAAACACUAUACUGCCAAAGAUUUCUCUGCUAUUCUAUCAUCUACCAGUGACACUUCACUUUGUUCUCUUUCCCGAAUUACUCUACCUCAAACGUAGAUGAAACGACGCUAAACAAAACCGAUCAGAUCGGUUAUUCCUCCGCUACGAAUGCGUCGAUUUUAAAGCCGAUCAUAUGACAUAAACUCAAUAUCUUAUCUUUCAUAUCACAUUAUAUUGGAUCACUACAACGCACAUAAUCUAUUUCAACUUCAUCAUAGUUCAUGCACGUUCAUUUUUCACGUGCAUUGUUUUGAAGAUUUUUUGGAUCCUGCUGAAUCCUUCUCAAUAAUCGAACUUUAAUCGGUGCAGUCUACAUGAAAUUAUAAUAUAGAAAGAAAGAAAAAUGUGAAAGAAAAAAAUGAAGAAGAUGAAACAAAUCGGCAAGCAACAAAGAAGAAUAAAGGAAGUUUAUGGAAAAUCAAGUAUACAUUAAACGUAUAUCGCUAAUUAUUUGCGAGUUAACUAUUGUGAUUGAAUACUGUCGACAAUUGUGUUCAACUUCAUAAAUAAGAAACUUAACGAAGAGGAUGGUAAGAAUGAGAGAAGAUUCACGUUCAAGAAAGAGACACGUUCGUGCGGAGUAGGCGUGAAAUUAACUGUCCAUAGUUACAGUUGUACAUACUAGUUACGUGUGUGUCAUAGCAACUGGAAUUUCUAUCUUGCUUAUAUCGAGACGUAUCAAAUGAGAAGAGAAAUAUUGAUUUUCAGAUGUUUGAAAAAAUUGAACAUACUGCAAUUUUUUUGUUACAGUUUGAAAAACUUAAAAUGAAAUCAUAUUGAAUGAUUUUUGAUAAGAUAUUUAAAUUAGAAAUGGAAAUUCACAUAUAAGAAAAUUCCAAGUUAAAUGAUGUUCAUUCACAUUCAAGAGACUUUGCUUCUAAGGAAAGUGAAUUUCUAUGAUCUUACUUUCUAAUGGAAUAUACCUAAUGUACAAUCACUUUUCUAAAUUGCAUUGCUAUUGCACUGCAUGUAUUUUCAAUAUAUACUGAUUCUUUUAUUGUAUUUAUUGUUUAUAUACAAAUAUUAGAAUAAGAUGAAUUAUCAAUUAUUGCUCAAUAUAUUUCAAAACAUUUUAUUAAAAAUUUAGAAUUAAUUUCAAUAAUGAAAUUUUUUAAUUCAAUUAUUCUUUUUUCAAAAAUAAUUUAUAAAAAUUUUUUAUAACUUAUAAAAACAAUUAUGAAUGUAACGUUAUUUCAAUAAUCAAAAGAAAAUUCUGAAAAUUAUUAAAAAAAUUCGAUUAUUCUCGUUUGAUACGUGUUCGCAUUUGAAAUUCUCUCGGUUGACCACGCAUCGGAAUCAAUCGCAUUCCCGCCACCAAAAUCUACUCUCCAAACCGAAGAAAGUGCCAAUCAAUUUGUAAAUACAGUAUCGUCUUGCCGCCGUAUAGCAGAACAAAUGAUAAUUUUUUAUUGCGCAAUGAGCAUUCUGUUGUGUUGCACCUGUUUUUCCAUUCGGUUCGCAAUAGUGCUCGCAUCCAAGCAUUAACUUCUAUGAUGAUUUUUUUGCUUUAAGAAGAAUAUUCGAGACGGGCAGUUCUACUGCGCGAGAAGAAUGUCUAUCUCGAUAUCACGAUUACGAUGAUUAAAUCGUAAUGAUAAUAAAACUAUGAUAUCGGGCGUCGCCGAGUACAAAUUUCAUUGUCCUGUCCCGGUAUUGUAUUUAAUACUCCCAAAUAAUAGAUAAUUAGAAGGAAAAGAGAGAUUGGUUUGAUGGUUUAUUUUGUUCAAUAGAAACAAAAAAAAAGAAAGAAGAAAAAUAAUUUAUGAUAAUAAAAAAAUUCUUUAAGAAAAAUUUUAUUUUUCUUUUUUUUUUUUUUUUUUUAGGAAUUUUUAUCUUUUAUAUAUUUUGAUGUAAUUUUUGUUGAAACUAAAAUUAUUUAUUUAUUUAUAUUUUAUUUAUAUUUAUUUUAUAUUUUUUAAUUUAUGUAUAUAUACAUAUUAUAUUUGUAUAACAAAUCUUCAAACCAAAGAUCACAGAAAGUAAAAAAGAGCCAAACUCUAAAAGGGAAGUGCAUGAAUAUUGCCAUUUGUCGCCAAAGUCUUCCCAAUUAAUUAAUUAACCAAAAAAAAAAAAAGAAAAAAAAAGAGAAAAAAAAGAGAAAACAAGAAAAUGAGAAUGCAUAGUACAUUUAGAGCAGUACAAAAAAAAUGACAGAGAGAAUUAAUUCAAAAUGCACUUAUAUUCAAUAAAAAGUUAAAGAAUGAAAGGAAAAAGAAAAGAGAUUAUUAAAGAAGUCGUAAUCCGUAAGUUCAAGGUCCAUGUCUAUAUAGUAUUUUUAUUAUAAUAAGAAAUCGAAGCUGUAAAUGCUAAUUAUAUAAAAAUAGAGAGAAAAAAAAAAAGAAAAAGAAGUAGUAGAAAGUUCUAUUGCUCUCAAACAGAUGUUUUAUAUAAGCUAUUUUUAGUAAAUAUUUAGUGCACUCCUUCCGAUGAGUAGUCAAUGCGAGAACUCGCUGUGUGUAAAAUGUCUGAUUACCUCGAAAUGUUCUUCUUUUUCUCAAUAUCAUAGAUCUCUAAAAGUUCAGAUAUUAUGAGAGAAAAGAAAUAAGAGAAAACGAAGAAAACUGACGUUUACGUGUUAUGUGAAAAUUGUCUAAUGUUGAUCAAAAUGAAUUACCUACACGCAAAGUGUUCGACUUUCGUUCUGCGAUCAACGAUACUCCGCCGUUCGAAGACUUCUGAAAAAUUAUAGAAGUCUAUAUGGUGAUAUUUUAGAACUUUUCUAAAAUCUGUAAUAAUAUACAUUUUCUACAAUAUUAUUGUUUUAAGAUAUGUUUUAUUUAUUUCAACAUAUUGUUAAAAUGAUAUUCUCGGAGAGAUUUUGUAAUUUCAUUUUCAUAUAUUAGAGUAAUUGGUGGUAUUAUUAUUAUUAUCUUUUUAUAAAUUAAGGAAUGAUAAAAUUCAUUUUAUUCAAUUUUAACUCAAUUAAAUUCGAAUUAAUUUUAAUUUAACUUAAAAUUAAUUUUAGUUAAAUGUAUAAAUAUAUUAAAUAACUUUAUUCAUAAUAAAACGAUAUAUAAACAAAAUGUCAAACAUUUUGCAAAUAUUCGUAAAAAAUUAUUAACUAGAUUAUUAAUCCAAAUGAAAUUUAAAAAAUGUGAGUCAAAAAAGAAAAAAAUGACUGAUAGUUGUUCAUAGAAAUCUAUCAAAAUAUUAUUUUGUAAUUACAUUAAAUAAUCACCAAAGAUAAAAAAAUAUUGUCUUUAAUCACGUAUUAAGAGAUAUAUCUUGCAUUGAUGAAUUCUAAUUAAAAGUUCAACUUUCUAGAGAUCAAUUUUUCACACUUAUUCACGAAUAAAUAUAAACGAUUUUCAUAUAUUUUAACAUAACUAUAACAUGGUGUUUUCUAUUAACCUAUGAUUCACGUAACGGAGGAUUUUCUUCAAAGUUUAUAUAACAAUUCAUAAAAAUCUCUUAUUUCAUUCAAUAUGUUCGAAGGGAUUGCAAUCCCAUCAAUAUAUUACUUCUGUAAUAGUAGUGCAAAACUUUUGUGUAGUUAAUUAAAAGAAAAAAGAGAAGAGCAGAAAAAGAUGAAAAAAAGAAUACGCCUUGUCGUUCUAACCUAGUUAAGUGAAUCGCGAAAAAACGUAGCUGCGUUUUUUGAUAGCAUAAAGUGUUUAUUUUAUUAUAUAUUUAAGUAUUUAAUUUUAACAAGAAUAUUAUUAGCAUAAUUUACUAAUCAAGUGUCAAUAUUUUAUUAAUAUUUGUUGAUUUACUAAAAAAAAUCGUUUUUUUUUAUGUUAAUGAAAUGAUAAUUGAAGACUGGAUGUAAAAGAGGUUAUAAUCUUUUUUUAUAAUGUAAAACUCUUUCUUUAUGAUAAUUAAUAAGAUUUUAAAAUAAAAAUAUCAGAAUGUGAUGCAAAAUAUUUUAUCAAUUAAUAACAUAAUCGUUUUUUUGAAAAUUUUAAUAUAGUAUAUAUUCAUUUUUACGCCAGUACUCAAUUAAUACUUGUCAUUUCAAUAUGAAUCAGAAAGAAUUUAUUUUACAAAAAUUGAUAAAAAAUUUAAACAAUCUUUGUGGAUUUUACAAGUAAUUUUUUAUGAUUUAAUAUUUUUUAUUAGCAACACUAUUUUUAAAAUUAACUUGAAUUUACUUCAUUUAAUUUAUUUUAUUUAAUAUUUAUUUUUAUUAUUUCAUUUUGUUAUAUUAAUAGAAAAUUUAAAAAUCUAUUUAGAAAUAUUUAUAUUGUUUUAAAAAAAUUCUAAAUACUUUAUUAAAUAAAAUAACGCAUAUUAUUUAUUACAUUCUUAGAUAAAAAAGAAUAAAUGAAUAAAUUUUUUUUAUCAAUUUUUUUAAAAUGGUGUAUAUGCUUUAAUGCAUUAUGUCAUGUGUUGCUAAUUCAAUUGCAUUUUCUUUUAAAAUAAAUUAUAUAAUUUAGUAGUUUAAAAAUUUUAUUAAUUUUUAUGAUUGUAAUUAAACAUUUUUAUUGCAUUAUUAAACUUAUUAAAAUAAUUUAAUCGAAAAAUUUAUAAAAUUUAUAAACUAUAUUAAUGAUAAUUACGAACCAAUUCUCGAAUUUGUGCAAAAAUGUGUCAUAAUAUUCCUUAUCUAUUAUAAAUUAUAUAUGUGAUAUUUCUAAUAUAUUGACAAUACCUUAUUUAAGGUAACAAUUAAAAUUUUGAAUAUUAUUAAUAACUAAUUAUUAAUAAAUUUUAUUAAUAAUCAAAAAUGAAUUUGCAUACAUCAUUGACCAUGUUAAUAUGCUUAAGUAUAUAUAUAUAAAAUUAAUGUAACAACAAAUCGCUUAAAAAUUGCUUUAAAAUUAAAAAUAAGUAAUUAAUUAUUAAAUUAUAUAUCAAUAUAAAUUACGAAUUUAAAGUAGUAUAUAUUUCAUAAUAUUAUACAUAUUAUCUGAUUAUAAUCUACAAAUAUUAUCAAGAAAAAAAAUUAUGUUUUAAAUAAAAUUCUAAAUUUUAUAAAUUUAAGCAUAAAUUAAAUACAAAAAGAAAAUUACAUGUUUCUAAUUCGAGAGUUUGGUUCCAAAUAUGUAUUUGAUUUUAUAUAAAUAUGAAAUACCAUACAUAUAUAGUACCUUUAUAAAAAUAUAAAUGUAUUAAUAAUAUAUUUUAUUUUAUUAUAUUUUAUGUCACAUCUUUAUAUUAUAAUUCUUAUUUUUAAUUUUAUAAUAAUUUAAGUCAGUAUUAUUUUAAUGUAAUUUCAUAACUCUUCAAUUUGUAAAGUCGUACAAAGAAUCUUAAUAGAUAGUCUAUAAUCACAAUAUACUUUUCAUAUAUUAAUUUUCCUUUAAUUUCCUUAUAUACGAUAUAUAUAUACAAAAAAAUUUCGUCCUUUUACGUUAUAAGUGAACAAACUUUUAGAUUUAAAUUAAAUUAAGAUUCUUUUCAAACAAACUGUUUUGAAUAUUCACGUAUAAUUAUCAGGAGGAUUAAAAGUCAUGGGUUAAUCAUUACAAUUGAUUAAUCAAACAAAAUAUAUAACUAUAUUUAUUAAUCUUGUUUUUGAUAUUUUUCAUACUUUUAAAAUUUUAAUGAAAAUAUAAAUAAUAAAUUUUUAUAAAAUACUUUAAAAUAUCUUUAAUUCUUUACAUCUUCAUAUUCGUAAAUAUUAAAUCACAAAAAAUUUUCGUUAUUUUAAUUGCAUUAUAUCUUAAAUUUUUUUUUUUCUUAAAGCAAGAUACAUAUCCAUGACUUUCAAUCACGACAAGGUGGGUAGGUGUACUGUUAUUCGAAUUGUAAAUCUUCGCAAAACUCAACUGUAUACUCAGUCUAUAUAUGAUGUAUAUGUGUAUAUGUAUAUGUACGUAUGCGACACGUAUCGAUAAAUCGCGAUGAUCUUCGACGAACGAGAAAUAUCUGUGAAACUGACCAAAAAAAUAAAAUAAAAUUUUAAAAAGUGUGAAAUAAAAUCACAAAAAGAAAUGAAACAAAAGAAGAAAAAGCGUUUAACGAAAAAAUGAAAAAAUCGUAAAACGGGGAAUAAAAAAAACAAAUUAAAAACCAAAAUUAAAUAAAAAAGCGUUCAAGAUUCUAGUUAGAAAUUCUAAAAGAAAUUCUACAAUGGAAGCGUCUAGGAAGAAUGAAUCUAGUCUUUUGUAAACGAUGAACACGAGAAUAUUGUAUAUUUUGAAAAUUACGAGCUAGAAAUGUCUCAAUGCGUAGAUAGAGGACAAUAUUAACAAAUGUGUCAUAUUCUACUCUAAUUGAAAGUAAUGGAACACAUGCAUACACGAAAUACACGAAAUACACGAAAUAUAUUCACCAAAUCCAGUCACUUCACGUAUAUAAAUACAACCACGUGAUCAAAAUCUAGAGGAAUUCAAUUCUGAGAAAUUGAAAAUUACUUUUCGUAUUAAUUUCACAUUAAUUUAAUUGCAGAAUUUUUAAUCGUUAAUAAAAACAUAAAUUGAAUUACAAAUUUAUUAAUAUUCAUUUUCGUUAUAAUAAACAAAUUAUGUAAUAAAACUUGAUAUCAAUCGCUAACCAAUAGAAAUUGUAAAAUAUAUCACGUGAUUUGGUUUAUUUAUUUCUAGUAACCUGACUUGGUGAACAUAGUAUAGUGUAUACAUAUACACUAAUUAUAUACACAAGCGUAUAUAAAACAUUACACGAACACAUGAUAUGAAUUAGUGCAUAUUUUUAAUAAAUGGAUAAAAAUAAAGUCGAGAAUUUUCAGAUCAAUCCAUGAAUCGAUCGAUUCGAUGCGGGAUCACGUUCGUCGCGAUGCGAGCUACUAUUGUAAUUUUCUCGUUUCUAUUUUCUUGUUUUCGACACACGUCUAUCAUCCUGUGUGCAGUGACAGUGACCAUAUUAAUUAUUAACGGGAGAAUAUUAUCUCCUGUAUAAUAAUAAUUGUCAAUGAUAAAAUCGCAGUGUGAAAAUAAAUUGAUUUUUCAGUCAUAAAAAUAAUUCUGAUUUCUGAUUUUAUCAAAUUUUAUUUGAAGGACAUUUUAAAAAAACAUAUUAUUGAAUAUAAAAUUUUAAUAUUUUUUAUUUUUUAUUUUUAAAUAAAAUUUCUAUUACUAGAAUUUUAUUAAUCCUUUUUUUGUUAAAAAGAAGUAAACAAUAUUAGAAAAUUUGAUUAAAAUAAAAAAAUCUACAAUAAAAAAGACUUUUGGUGUACUUGUGAUUAAAUAACAGACUUGAUUUCGAUUUUCAUUUUAUUGAAUCUGUUUUUAAAACCUAAUUUCUUCUUGCUUGUGUACCACCAUAACGAACAACUGAAGAGACGAUUGUCCACCUGGUCAUCGAGACGGUCGAAUGUGUGGUCGAGGAAGGUUGUGUACUGGAAGCCGUCGUCGAUUGCGGUGUAGAUGUUGACGGUGAACUUACGACAACAACAGGCUUCACCAGAGUGGUGGUAUUGAUGUACUGAGCGUUCACGAUCGGCAUUUGUGCCACAGAUUUUAAAAUUGGGGUGGUUAUCAUUUUGCCCGCAAGGCUGGAGGGGGCUAGGAUAUGAGCAGUCACUUGAUUUCCUUGCGAAACAACGGUCAUCGGCGUGACAAUUGGUGUCAAGCCGGAAAGGGGUGUGUGCGGACCAACGAUGUGAGCUAUACCCUCUGUGGACGGAGCGUUUUGCAUCACUGUCGAACCUGGUUUACCUGUUGUGGUUUGAAGCGACACUCCUGUGUGGCUCAACGUCAAUCCUGCAACCCAUAUAGAGUGCACAAAUGUAACUGGCCUGACGUCAUUGGCGGACGAUUGCACGGCUAGGGCCAACGGCCUGUCGUUGUUGGAUAGAUUAGAAUGCACGAUCGUUACCCUGUUGUCGUUGGCCGUGGACGAGUGAACGACCAGCGCUACGGGCCUUGGCUCACUUCCAGUGUUCGAUUGCACGGCAAUGAGCGGCCUCGAUUGAUCCGACGAGUUUUGCACAGCUAACGUGAGCGGCCUGGACUCGUUAUUGCCAGCUGUGUGAGUAACCAGAAGUUGCCUUGUGUCACCGGGUAUCACCCUCAAACUCGGUCCGAUGUGUUGAAGCGUUGGGACGAUAGUUGGUAAACCUUGACUCGUGUUCAAUAUCUGAGCGUUGAUCGGUAAGUGCAGCUGGUGCGGCUGCUGUACUAUACCCGUUGGUGAAGUAUUAACUUUCUCCUAAAAUGGAAAUUUAUUAUAUGUUAUAUGAAAAUAUUAAUAUUAAUCUUGGAAUCUUCUAACAAGGUUUUUUAUUCAUAUAUUUGAAAAUAUUCUCAUAUAAAAAGAUAAAUUACUUUCUUGUCAGCUCAUGAUUAUCGUAAUCGUAAAAAAAUACAAAUAAAAAAUAAAUUUUUUUAAAUAAUAAUAAGAAACCAAUGCAUUAAAAAGAAUUGUAUUAAUGUUUAUGAAUACAAUAAUAAAAGUUUAAAAAAAAAAUUCGUUUUUUACGAAUAAUAAAAUAAUAGUGAGUCAUCUAUCUACAGUUUUUUUAACAAUUUGAUAAAUAAAUUUUUAAUUAAAUAUUAUAUAAUUUCUAAUAUAAAAACAUUUUUCUUGAUUUAUAAAAAUAAAUAUAUGUUGUUGCAUUGGACUAUAACUAAUUCAUAUAUAUUUUAUAUAAAUUAGUUCCAACCAUUCCUUAUGCGUUCUUUUUCUUGCACCGUUUCACACACAACGCUAAAGAGAACCACGUUGUGUCCAAGAAUAAAUAACGGGCUAAUAAAUUUUAACAACGGUGCUUUUUUUUUUACAGUCUAACCAUUUUCAAACGAAGAAAAACUGGUCAGUCACAAAUUUUACCCUUCGGGAUUCGAUCCGGGGACUUGUGGAUUACUAGCCAUUCGUUUAACCGAAUGACCUAAUCCAGUAGUCUCUUAUAUUUUCUUCUUUUUACUUAAUACUAUACUAUCUAUUACUACAUUAAAAACUUAGAUAUUUUCAAUAUACCUGUGCUGGAGUAGGAAUGCUAGGUGCGGAUGAUCCAGGACUUGAACUUGCAGGUGGACUUUCCCUAGAACUUGGUGCAAGAUUCAUUCCUUGCGUUUGGCAAACUACAGCUGCGGUGGCAACUUGAUUAUGAAUAUUGGAAGUCGUACUAUUGGUUUGAAGUGUCUGUGGUGAACUGACCGUGGCUGCACUGCUCAGACUGCUGGUACUACUAUACCUUGUACCACCCCGAGCAAGUCCAGUCACAUCAACCUCCAUGUUUUCUGAAACUUUAAUAAUUACUUCAAUAUUUGCUAAUUUUAUUAUAUUUAUUUUUUUUUUAUUUUAAAUUAUUAAUUUCAUCUAUUCUGUCACUUUGUAUAUUAUUUUUUUUAUUUCACAUUAUUUAUUCUAUCUUAAAUUUGUCUACAUUGUUUUACAUCCUGUUAUAUUGUGUAUAUAAUACAAAUGUUUUUUUUUAAUUUUUUAUUAAAAGAUUUAAUAAAAAUUUAAAUUCUUCUCCAACACAUUUUUAAAAAUCUUUGAGAAUAACUAUGUUAAAAUUGUACCAUAUAUUAGGAAACUUACUACUUCUCGUAGCCGUUAUAUCGGCAACCGAAUUCUGUUCUGGUAAAAGAGUAUUAAAAUCAAUAUGAUCCCACGUAGCAGCAAGUUCUUUCUUCAAAGCUAACAAUCUCUGUUGUGCAGCAAUUUUUUCUCUGGCAAGCCUUUCCAUUUCAUGUUCAUAAUCACGUUCCUUCCUUUUCAACAUCUGCAAAAAAAUCCUCCCAAUUAAAAAACGAGACAAUUUAUAUUAAUAAAAAAAAAAUUUCUUAAUUUUUUACAUACAAAAAAUUUUCGAUUAAAAGAAUAUAAAAUAGAAAAAAAAAUCCUUGAGAUUAUGUAAACACGUAAAUUGUAAAUUUUCAAUCAAAUUUUAAUUAUUCACGAAUAUAUUUUAAUAUAUAAUAUAUAAUAUAAUAAAAUUGUUGAAGGAUUAAUUAUAAAAUUAAAUCCAUUUAUUAAAAAUGUAUUAGAAUAAAUAAUUUGUUUAUAUUUUAAAAAAAUCAUAUAAUAUAAGAAUAAAUGAUAUAAAUUUUCAUGUUUAUUCAUUGUCACAGUUGCGAUGAGGAUACUUCAAACAUUUCAUGUUACAAUUUAAUGAUAGAAUUUAUGAUGCAGUUUCAUUUCUAAUUAAAAUUAUUCAAUUUUUUUUUUCUUAUUUUAUAUUCGAUUAUAGACUAUUUCGAAAAGUAACCGCGCACGUGAGGAAAACGAGAGAAAGCUGAUAGAAAUGUUCUCGCAUCGCUUUCGAGAAUACCUUAGCGAACGUCACAUGAUACACCUGCAGAUUCAGGACACCUCUCCCUCGAAAUACGAUAAGCCUUGCGUUUGACGUCAGCACGAACAUGCGUGAAGGAACGUGCACGUGACAACGAGCAUCGACACCUAACAAAUGAUGCACGCGCUUCAAAGUAAGACAAGAAAGAAAAUAUGCAAGGAUAAAAUUCCUGCUGUGUGCAAAUUCGAAUCUGAUACAUUUCGUGCGCGUUCGUGUUUGCUCGGUUUACGUCACAGAUACCGAAAAAGUUUAUAAAGUGGGAAGUUUAAAAUCACGAUAAAGAAGCGAUGCAACUUUUAGAAUUCUGAAAAUAGUCUAGCAUCAUAAUUCAUAUUUUUUACAAUUAAUUUUUUAAUCAAUAUAUAUUUGUACUGUUAUAAUAUUACGUAAAAAUCAAAUUUGAAAUCUAAUAUUUUUUUUCUAAUUUUUAAAGUAUUUUUUUAUUUUAUAUCACAAAUGUGCAAUUUAAUGAUUUUAAUUUUGAAUCAAAAGUGAGUCCAAUUAAAAAAAUUAUAAAAUCAAUCGAAUAUAAAUAUUCGAAUUACAUAAAUAAUAGGAGAUUAAAAUAAAAAUAUAAUUUAAAAUUAAUUCAAAAAUUUCAAGAAUAGCAAUCAAUAAAACUAUAAUGCGUGACGGCAAAAAUCUUGGAUUCAUUUAUGCGAUAAAAUGUGUUAAAUUUUCGAUUCGAUGUCAUCAGAAAUUUCGAAAAGGAACGCACGUGACAAUAAGUGGCAAUAAGUGGCACACAUUGAAUAGAUAGAUACACGUGGUAAAAUCUUCAAGAGGGAAAGAAAGAUGCAAUCGUUUGCAAAAAGAAACGCAGACAGAAAAUAUAACCAGUAUCAUUAUAUAUAAACUGAUAAACGAAGAAUGAGAUAGAGAAUUCAUUUCAAAAAAACAGAGGUCUAAGAUACUAACAAUAAGAUCAAGAAGGACAGAAUGAACAACAAGGAUAGAACAUAUGAGAGAUAAGGAGAGAGGGGAGCAAGCAAAUAGAGGGGCAUAUACAUUGCGAAAAAGACAGAGAGAAAGACAGAACAGAAAUAGACGAGCAUACUGAAGUAUAGGUUAAAAGGAGAGAGAAUGACAAUGGAGAGAGGUGAAGAGGAAGGAGUACGAAGGCCGUUGCAUGAAUAAGCGCACGCGCGAUCUAUAAGCACGUGGGUAAACCGCCUCCAACAAGAUUCGCACAUACAAUAUUGGACUCGUGGAUAUACGCAAAUAGCGUUUUCGUUUCUUUCUACAUCUUCCAUAUCUGCCACGUCGUGUUGCGGAACUCGUACAUGUACUUUAUUAAACUUUAUCGAACUCGAGACUACGCGAAACUGGUGGAUUUUUCGCGAACUAACGAAAACAGAGUAAGUUAAACCAGCUUGUGGCAUUUUCAUACUAGCAGUGGAUUAUAUUACCCCUUUCAUUCGUAUCUUCAAUGUAAAACAUUCUUUUUUUUUAAAAACAUUUACAUUUAUGUCGUAUCCUUUUAUGUAAUAUUUAUUAUUCCGACAUAUCGACUUUUAAAGGAAUGUUUCUUUAUCACACCACUUACAACGUCUAAUAAUUAUAUUAUACUUUAGUUACUUCGAAUAUGCUUAUCAGUUAAGUUCUCGUUUAUAGGAAAAAUAAAAAUAAAUAAAAAUUAAACGAAAUAUUUCCACUAGCUGUAAAUUUGCAAUGGUAUUCAAAUUUUUAAUAAAAACAAAAUAAUGAAACUUAAUUUUUCCGAUCAUACUAAUUUCUGAAAUAAUAACGAUUUUGAAAGUUUGGCAAACUUAUUCUUCCAUCGAUAAUUAUAUUUGCCUUAUUCUUAUGUUAAUCGUAAAUUUUACGAAAAGAUAAGUUCUUCUUUUCUUUUUAAGAAUAUAAUUAUUAAUGUUUUUGCAAAUGCUAAAAAAUACAAUUGUAAAAAAUGAAAACUUCAUAAUAGUUUUCUAUUGAUUUUUUAUUACGAGUAAAUAAUUCGUAAUAUUUCGUAAAUAAAAUAAAAUAUAGUAUAUGACAAAAAAACUUCAAUUUUAAGACAACAGCUUAUAUCGAUAAUAUUACUUAAAGGGUAUAUUCAAUCGAUCAUUCAAUAGAAUUAUGGGUGAAAUAAUUACACAGGAACGUGUCGUUAUGGUAAGUCACCGUGUAAUUUCAACACGUCGAGCGUCGCCUCGUACUGAGAAGUCACCAACAAUGGCGCCGAACGAUAAAAGUUCGGAUAGUAGCAUAUGCCGUACGUGCCAUGCGGCAUGACACCGAUGGCCGCACAGUCACGUGGAACCAAUACAUAUAGGUACAACUUCUACGUGGAAGAACGUCGCGUCGGGUACGCACACGCGCAACUGCACAAAAUGCCGAAACGAGACGAACAUGUGACUUAGACGAAGAAAGUGAACAUCUUACAUGGUGGGGAGAAGCAAAGGAUGACCUAAAGUGAGAAAAACAAGGUUUGAAACAGAAUUACAUAGAAACUAUUAGUCUGACAAAGAUACGAAAGCAACUAAGAGGAAAAGAAACUGCAAAUACCAAACGGAGAGAAAAUAUGAGAUAGAAGAUAUAUACGGAAAGAAAGGAGAGGUUAAGUGCAGAGUGCAAGAGAUAAGAGACAUGGCUUGCAAGGAGUGGGGAUUAUGAGAUAGAAGAGACAACAAGAAACGCUGUAGUGGGGGAACAGCAUGUCUUUAGAAACAACUCUGCGGCAAAUAGAGCAACGAUAAGAUGAAGAAAGAAUGUAUAUGCACAUGUACUAUAAAAAAAUAGGGGUUAAAAAAUUGUCAUAUAAAAGUAGAAUAAUAUACUGUAAGUGCAUGCGAUCAAGUUAAAGAAAAACAACUGCAACGAUGUUUGCAUGUAUUUACGGUGAAAACGAUACGUAUGCCGUUCACAUUGGAAAGAAAUAAACAGACCGUACAGUAAGUAGACAAAAAGAGAAGCAUGCGCAGACUGAAAGAGAAAGAGAUACAGAAUAUAAACGAACCGGAGAAAGAUAGAUAAAAACAAAUCGUAAACAACAAAGACAGACUCAACAGCACUAGAGACUACAGAGGUGCGAGAAAGAAGCGAAAGAGUUGAUUGUAGAAUCAGAGUUGAAAUCACGAAAGAAGGAAAAGGAGGAAGUGUAGUCGACCUUCGCGAGGACGCACAUUCGUGAUUCUUUGAUGAUUACAUGCAGUUUCACAACUCUUCCGAAAUUGCAGCAAAAGGAAAAGAUAUAUGAAAAGGAAUACACUCGCGAUUGCAGAAAAAAUAAAAUUUUUCUCCUAUAUCCUAAAUAUAGAAUAAAUACAUCUGUAUUAAAACUAUUAUAUAAAAUGAUUUUUGGCCAUAUAUUAUUAGUUAUUAUUAUCUUUAAAUAGCUAAUUAGUAUUUACUCUUACAAUAUGUUAUAUUAUUGAUAUAUAAUUUGCGAGAUAUAAUAUAUUAAUCGACUAAUGAUUAAAAUGAAAGAUUAAUCGAUCUAUAGAAACUGAAUUUUGUACAUAAAAAUUAUUGCGUAAUAAAACACGUAUCACAAAUCGAA